AUGAGUAACCAAAGCAGCAAACCGUGGCUGCCUCAAACAGCUGCCCCAGAAAUCAUAUUCUUCAACGCAAAUGUCGUCGAUGUUGAAGCUGGUGUGGUUAUUCCGAAAUCGACUGUCCACAUCAAAAACGGCCGCAUCGUAAAUGUAACCAUUGGAGACACAACGAAGCCAGCAACGGGGUCAAACAGAGUGGACCUACAAGGCCAAUACAUCUGUCCCGGCUUGAUUGACUGCCAUGUGCAUCUCACUGCGACGCCUGGCUCGCCUUCUCUGAAGGACAUGUUCUCUGCGAGUCCUAAUAGCAUCGCAUAUCGCACGGCAUUCGUAGCACGCGAGAUGCUUCUUCGAGGAUUCACAACAGCUCGCGAUACUGGCGGCGCAGAUUUUGCUCUUCGCGAAGCCAUCACAGAAGGACUUGUUAUGGGUCCUAGGCUCUUCAUAGCCGGCAAGGCACUCUCGCAAACCGGUGGACAUGGUGACUUCCGUGCGAAUUAUCAAGGCGAUGAGAUCAAAUGCUGCGGUGGACACUCAGUUUACCUAUCUCGCGUAUGUAAUGGCGUUCCAGAGUGCCUCAAUGCUGCUCGCGACGAGCUUAGGCAAGGUGCCGAUUUCAUCAAAAUCAUGUGUGGUGGUGGUGUUGCGUCUCCUUCAGAUGCCCUUGAUAUGGUCCAGUUCACAGCGGAGGAAAUACGUGCGAUAAAGACUACUGCUAAGCAGUCAAAGACUUAUGUCACCGCCCAUGCGUAUAGCGUGGAAGCUAUUCGGCAUGCUGUUGAUAAUGGCGUGAGAGGCAUCGAGCAUGGGAAUUUCAUUGACGAAGAGACUGCCGCCUAUUGUGUGAAAUUAGGCGUUGUCUUUACUCCGACUUUGGUCACCUAUCACGGCAUGUCACAACCACCGUUUGACAAGUUUCUUGACGGUUCCAGCCAAAUCAAAAACCGACAAGUGUUGGCAAGCGGACUGGACGCGCUGUCAAUUUUAAGCAAAGCUGGAGCAACGAUUUGCUACGGAUCCGAUCUCUUGGCAGGCUUGCAUGUUCUUCAAAACCAGGAGUUUUCGAUACGAUCGGGUGUUUUGAGUGCGAAGGAGAUUCUGCAAUCGGCCACCAUCAAUGCUGCAAAGUAUUUGGGAAUGGAGGGUCAACUCGGGUGUAUCAAGAGAGGAAGGAUUGCCGACAUGCUCAUCUUGACAUCUAAUCCCCUUGAGGAUAUCACGGUGCUGGAUCAUAUUCAGGAUAACCUGGUGGCCAUUCUGAAGGAUGGGCGCAUCGUUUCCAAAAGAUCAAGCUGGCUGUCUGUUGAUCCUUUGUAUGACCCUUGUCAUGUUCAAUCUCAGUGA